UUGGAAUCACUUGUUAUUGUCCACAACAAGCAACAUGAGUGGAAAUUUCAAUUUAGUUUACAUUCUGAAGUCGUUCGAGACACUUGACGCGCCGAUUUUCCCAUUUACAAAAUUUUUGCAACGAUUUGUUGUUUGCUUUCCGCAGAUAAGCCAUCGGGAAUUUUAAUUAUUCCAGAAAUAUUGGCACGAGUUUAAAAGUGUUUCAAUUGUGUGUGUUUUUACAGAACAUGUCUAAAUGUGUAAUGUAAUGAAAUAUUGCAAUUAUUAAGAAUUAGAAUCCAACAACAAUAACAAUAAUAAUUAAAAUUGCAAAAAAAAAAACACCAACAAUGCCGGCCGAUGGCUCAGAUGAAUUUCAAUUAACCAACAGCAGCAAUAAACCUAAACCUAUGACGACACCGGUCAAUGGUACCAUCAAACAUCAACAGACAAACAUAGCAAUACCGACUCACCAGCCGCUGCCACCACAUGCCUCCACAAAUGGUGUGAGUUUAGCAGCUUCUGUCAAUUUAAAGGCGUCACAACAACAACAGCAACGACAAAGUGAUUUGAGAUUACAUUUUAGUAAUGUCAACUAUGUUCAUAAACAAUGCAAAUCGAUUACAACUCAAAUACUCAACGAUGCCUGUGGAGAAUUUAAAUCGGGUCGCCUCACAGCCAUAUUGGGUCCUUCGGGUGCGGGUAAAACAUCGCUGCUAAAUGCCCUCUCUGGUUUUAAAGCCUCAGGCGUAACGGGGAACAUUGAAUUGAAUGGAAAACCACGAAACAUUGUGGAAUUUCGCCGAAUGUCGUCAUAUAUCCCGCAAAAUUUUGCCAUGUUGGAUCUACUGACUGUCCAAGAAACACUUAGGGUCUCCACCGAUUUGAAACUCCCUGCAGAGACAACAAUAAAGGAAAAGGAUAAAAUUAUCAGCAACAUUUUGGAAAUGUUAAACCUAACACACAGUCGCAAUACGCUGGUGCAAAAUUUAUCGGGCGGGGAAUAUAAACGCUUAUCGAUUGGCGUUGAAAUGGUCACCAAUCCGCCCAUUAUGUUUUUCGAUGAACCCACCAGCGGUCUGGACAGCGUUGCAUCCUAUCAAAUUAUAUCCUAUCUGCAUAAAUUGGCACGAGAUGGCCGUGUGAUUGCCUGUGUCGUACAUCAACCAAGUUCAAGACUUAUGAAAUUAUUCGAUGAUAUUCUGGUUGUGUCGAAUGGUUGUAUCCUCUAUUCGGGACCACAGGAGGGAAUGUUGGCAGAGUUUCAAAAAUCUGGUUUCGAAUGUCCGCAAUAUUAUAAUCCAGCUGAUUAUGUCCUUGAGGUCAGCAGUGAUUUUACAAAUCCGCUACUGUCAAAACUUAUACAUGACAACAGAAUGAAACAUAAUUCCGGCUUUAAAACGGCAAAUAAUAAUGGAAAUGCGGAAUCAGCUGCCCUCUUAACCAACCCCCUUUCAAAGGCAUCAACACCACCCCACACAACUGUCGAUAUGCUGAGUACAAUUUCCUUGGAAACGGAAGGUAUACGACCCAAAGAACGGGUUUCUGUUUGGCGUCAAUUUAUGGUGUUGCUGAAAAGAUCCACCACAUCAACAUACCGAAAUAUGCUCUCGGUGCGGCUGCGCAUAAUCAUGCACAUUGCCGUGGCCAUAUUGCUGGGCAUUGUAUUCUGGCAGAUUGGCAAUGAUGGUGCCAAAACCCUAACCAAUGCUUCGUGUAUAUUUUUUGUUGUAAUGUUUGUUUUCUUUGGCAAUGCCAUGCCCUCCAUAUUUCUAUGUCCUCAGGAAUGUGCGGUGUUCAUAAGAGAAUACCUCAACGGGUGGUAUUCCAUUAAAUCAUAUUAUUUAGCUAAAAUUAUAUCCGAUUUGCCCCUGCAAUUCGUGUGUCCAACACUGCUGACCUGUAUUGCUUAUUUUAUGACGGGCCAGCCAAUGGAAUUAGGUCGCGGCGUUAUGUUUUGGGGCAUGUGUCUUCUGACGGGUAUGAUUGGACAUUUUAUGGGGCUUGUUUGUGGGUCUCUAUUUCAAAUGCAGAUGGGCGUCUUUUUGGUACCUUGUCUCACCAUUCCCCUGCUAAUCUUUUCGGGAUUCUUUAUACGCAUUUUCGAAGUGGCUGCCUAUUUGAAAAUCCUCUGUGAUAUUUCAUUUUUCCGCUACACCAUUGAGGGUUUACUGAGAUCACUCUAUGCCUAUGAUCGUCCCGAUCUGGAGUGUAGUCUGGAAUUUUGUUACUAUCGCCAUCCGAAAAAGUUUCUCAAAGAUUUCGGCAUGUUUGGAGAUUUGUAUGGACAGGAUGUCAUGGCCUUGUGUAUAUGGAUUUUGGCAUUGAUGAUCCUGUUUCUCUUCAGUUUAUGGUUGCGCAUCAAAAAGGCCUUGUAGUUAAUUGAAACGUCCAAGGGGGAAGAGGGGGUUUCAAUCGGAAAUAAUAAUAUUCUGUACUAUAUAAGAUAAAAGAAAUAUUGUAGGGAACAACAUUUUGCUAUUAAUGACAAUGUUUUAUACGUUUUUUGAUAUUGUUAAUAAAUUAUUAUAAAUAAGGAAA